CAAGGCAAUGGGGAAUAUAUCUUUUUCAUAUUCGAUAAAAAUAGGUUGAGAACCCCUGUUACUGUCUGAUAAGUCAGUGGUAACCAAUUUACAGCCCGUCAAAUGGUUCAUCAGGUGUAAACAAUUGUGAACGAACAGAACGAAAUGGAUCAAAUAAAAAUCUCGAAGGUGGGGAACGUGAGGAUUUUAGAUAAAUAUAGUAACAAUCAUUCUGUUGGUACUCUUUAUUUAACUGUAACACAUCUUAUAUUUACAGAACGAAGUGGAAAAAAGAAAAUCUGGGUGUUAUAUACUCACAUUGCGAAUAUAGAGAAGCAGCCAUUGACUACGACAGGCUCCCCAUUAUGUAUUAAAUGUAAACACUUUUUCAUUGUAACAUUUGUUAUUCCAAAAGAACGAGAUUGCCAUGAUAUAUAUCUUACUCUCUCAAAAUUGUCUUGCCCAGUAAGUUUAGAUGAUCUUUAUUGUUUUCAUUAUCAAGAGAACAAAGACACCUUACCGCAACAUGCAGGAUGGAAUUUUUUUAAUGUACAAAGUGAAUUUCAAAGGCAAGGUGUUCCAAAUGAAGAAUGGUCUCUAACGUAUUUAAAUACAAAUUAUGAGCUUUGUGAUACUUAUCCAAAAUAUUUGUAUGUACCUAGUACAUGUGCCAACAGUAUCUUGAUAGGCAGUGCAAAGUUUAGAAGUAGAGGAAGAUUGCCAGUUUUAACAUAUUUAUAUUCCAACAAGGCUGUUAUCUGCCGAUGUAGUCAACCUUUAUCGGGAUUUAGUGCACGAUGUCCGGAGGACGAACAAAUGAUGUACAAUAUUUUACGGACAAAUCCUAAUUCUAAAUAUAUGUACGUUGUAGAUACGCGACCACGAAUCAAUGCCUUUGCUAAUAGAGCUACAGGAAAAGGAUAUGAGAACGAGAACUUUUAUGAUAACAUAAAAUUUCACUUCUUUGGUAUUGAAAAUAUUCAUGUAAUGAGAACAAGCUUAAACAAAUUAAUAGAAUUACAAAGGAUGACAUCAAUGAGUGCAUUUUUAAGUGGUUUGGAAAGCAGUGGAUGGUUGAAACAUAUACGAUCUAUUUUAGAGACUGCUUGGUUUAUUGCUAGAGCAGUUUCAAAUGGAGUUAGCGUAGUAGUGCAUUGUAGUGAUGGUUGGGAUCGCACUGCUCAAGUAUGUUCAUUGAGUGCUUUAUUACUGGAUCCAUUCUACAGGACAAUUCAAGGUUUUCAAGCAUUGAUAGAAAAAGACUGGUUAUCGUUUGGACAUAAGUUUAGUGACCGAUGUGGUCACAUUAACUGUGAUAACAAAGAAUUAGCCCCAAUUUUUACUCAGUUCAUUGAUGCAACAUAUCAAUUGUUGCAACAGUAUCCCCAUAAGUUUCAAUUUAACGAAUUUUUUUUGAUAACUCUUCAUGAUCAUGUACACAGUUGUCAAUAUGGUACCUUUAUAGGGAAUUCAGAAAAAGAAAGACAAAUUCUGAGAGUAUCGGAAAGAACAUAUUCUCUAUGGGGAUACAUUGCAAAUAAUAUGCACGAAUAUAUAAAUCCUUUAUACAAAUGCAAUCGUUUCAAUGAAGAAACUAAUCCUGUUCUCCAACCUAAGUUGGCUCCACAGUGCAUUAUUUUAUGGCGAGGAUUGUACUUUAGAUUCGAGAAUGGUAUUCAUCCGAGAGAAACGUACGAAGAUUAUCUUUCUAUAAUGCAUGAUCAUACCAGUUGUUUAGAAGAUCAUGUUAAGCUUCUCAUAAAGAGAGCUAACUCUUUGAGUUCUGUAUUGAAUUUAAAUAACAUUAAGAAAAAAGGAGUACAAGGGAAACUAAAAUUCGAUAAUAAAUACACGAUGGAUCCAUUAUCUGAAACCAUCAUAGAAAAUACACCAACUCACGAAGAGAAAGCAAAGUGUAAGAUAAAAAUUAGUCAGUUACAAAACGAAUUGAAAACAGUUUCCUUGGACUGGAAGUUAUUCCGUAACAUGGAAGAGUGUGUAUGUUCUACUACAUUUGACGCAUUUAAUAAAAAGGUAAAUGUAUAUUAUAACUUAAGAUUUAGAACUAGAAUUAUAUUUCCUUCCUCUUUUUUUCAGCAUCACUGUUGGUCAUGUGGAGAGGUAUUAUGCACAAGAUGCAUGGGUGCACACACUAUUCUUGCUGGACAUAAUUCACAACGUGCAGUGCCUACUUGUAAGUCUUGUACACAGAAUUCCAGUAUUCCUUCUACUAGUCCCUAAAUUUAUUCCUUUGAACACUUAUUUAAAUUUGUAAUCUGUACCUAAAAUGUAUAUUAUUAGAUUAUAUAACAUUAAGGUAGAAAUAAGAUAGUAACAUAAACUAAAAAAUUUGAUCUGAUGGAAACUGUUAAUAGGGAAUUGUAUAUUUCACAUUUCUUUUUUUAUAUGUAUUCGAACCAAAGCAUGUCGAUUUUAAAGAAAAAGGAUAUAUAACAUAAGAAAGUAUUACGAAUAAAAACAAUUUUAUUUUAACGAUCCACCGCAAAUUGUAUUAUAAUAACUAUUCUUCUAAUACAUAAUAGUACACAAUCAUACUUUUUUAAAUAAGACUGUUUUUUUAAUACUUCUAUUAUAUGAUAUGCAGAUGACAAAACGCAAUGUUUUGUUUUUAAGGACAGAAACGGAGUCUCUCAAAAAUAAAAUUUAACUAUUUUACAUUUGCUUAUAUCAAUGUAAAUAUUAUAUAAUAUAUUAUAUCAAUGUAAUCUUCUUUUUAAUUUUUCUUUUUUAAUGAAAAAGAUAAUAGCAUAAUUUAGUUGAAUUGUUUUAAGAAGUGCUGAUUUUUUCAUAAAUUUAAAUAGAAAUUUACUUUGUUGUGUGUGUUGUGAACACGGAGGAAAAGGAUUUUCAGAAUCUACUUGUUUGAAUAUUUUUAAACAAUUUCAGACUUAUUACUUACAAAUAAUACAACAUAAUAUAAUGCAUAAAAUUAUUUCAGUCACAUUGCAUACUUUAUUAACAUAAUAGCAAAGGAAUGAAACAUUAUUUAAGAAAAAUCGUUACAUUGAAUAAUAUAAUACAUGCCUAUGAAAAAUAUUAAUUAGUAAUAUUAAAUAACAAAUUCUAUAUGGAUUGUGUGUAAAACAUUAUUAGACACAAGCAACGAACUUUCUAAAAAAAACACAUCAUCCGCUCUGUUAUACAGAAACUGUGAAUAAAUCUAUUCUAUUAUUCGUCUUUUUUUUCUUAAUAUACAAUAACAAAAAUUAAAUUGUUACAUAGUAUUAAGACAUAAAUAAUUACACCAAACAUCAUUCUUACAAAACUGUUGUUUCUUUUUUUUUUUUUGAAGUACUUGUAUCACUCAUACGCGUGAGAAACAUGCUUCAAUGUGAAAAUUAUUUUGCUUAAAAAGUAUGACUUAAUGAAAAAUUACACAUGAGAACAAAAUAUCUAAUUUUUAGAUAAAAAUCUGGCUUCUAGUGAUAUUUUAUAAUAUAUAAUUAGAUACUGAGAAAAUUCUAACGUUUACAAUGCAAGUGUCAAGUGGAAUGUGAGUGUUGCAUAAAUACCUUAGUAGUAUGAAUUCUUUUCAAAUAAUCUUAAUUCAUUCUAGUCUUUGUUUGGUUUUCUUCGUCGUGGUCCAUCACCACCUAUUGCUGGGUUAUCCUGAAAGCAAAUUAAAAAUUAAAAUAAAUUUCAAAAAAUCAUUUUCAUCAUAACAUAGAAACAUAACAUAACAUGGAAGAAAUUUUUACUAACAUUAUCUUCACUUUCUAUUAUUUCUUCAUUUUCAUUUAACUUUUCAGUUUCUUCCUCUGCUUCGGUAUUAGGUAGCUGAUUUUCUGUUUCUUCUUGCUUCUGUGCUGUUUGUUCAUUUGCUUUUAAAGGUUGUUUAUCUUCAUCUUUUACAUCAUAUUUAUCCUAAAAGAAAAUUUAUAAAUUUCUUACUUUACAAAGAUAGAGAAUCUUUUACAAAAAUAGGGAAGAUUACUCCCAAAUAUUUAAAAAAAACCAAGAUUUAAUAUUAGCAAACUAUCGUAAUUAGCAUAAUACUAUCAUUACAAAGUGCGUAAUCUAACUAUAAAAUUAAAACUACUGUAUAUGUUUUAUAUAGUUACUAUAUUAGAAAAGAAUAGUUUAUAAGGGUUGAUAAUUCUUUUAUACCUGAGGAACGAAGUAGCAGUAAUAUAUUAGUAGCAAUAUGCAGAAGCCUGGAAUUAUUACACAUGUACCAAAUAUCCAGCGAUUUUCCGCAGCAAAUAUGCCAAUCUGAUGCCAUACACUAUACUGUAUAAAAUAAUCAUAAAAUUACAAGUCAUACAAUUUACACUGAAUUUACUUAAAAACUAAUAAUCAAUUAAUAAACUUCUAAACAUUUAUAUCCUUUAAGUUUUUCACACUACUAUUUUGUAUAAUUUAUAGCUGAGGAAUAUGUACAAUUUUUAUACUAUAUGUAAACGAUCUACGUGAAUACAUUAUUACUAAAAGUCUAGUCAUCAUAUUGUUAUACUUUGGUAUCAAUAUUACAGAUAUGAGAGCGAUCUGCACAUUUGAAAUUACAAAGUAUACCUCACGAACUCGUUUCAGAAGAUACCAAAUAUAUAAUACAACUGGUACUGCACAGUAUAUAAAAUAUAACACCCACCAGCCUGGUUUAUAAUUUGUUACUUUUAAUAUGCGACCCCAUAAAGUUACCUGCAUAGUACAGUGUAUAUUGAUUAUAUUGAUUAUAUUGCACAUCUCAUUAAACUUAUACCUCUUUUAAAAAAUAAAUUAAUUCAUAAAUUUAAUUCAAGUAAAUGUUGCUUUUCAAGAAAAAAUUGCUACUUUUCUUUGGAUAGAAAAGAAGAAUUGCUUACACUCUCCUCCUCGAUUCUAGCCCGACGUACUUCGAAUGUAUCUUCCACCCAUUUUCUUACUACUUCUUCAUCAUCAGCAACAAGAAUAUUAUCGAAGAGAAUGUCCGUGGACAUCGACCAAAGUUCAAA